UUUCCGAAUUUCUUUAAAUUGGUGAUCGUAAUGAUAGUGAUAAUUUAACGCACUCUUAGAAGAAUCAAAUUUUUCGCAAUGAAUUGGCGGAGUUUUAUUGUUACUUUAUUAGUGUGGUCAAUACAAAUUCUUCAAUUAAAUGGCACUGGAAUUAAAAACCUAAGCAGAACAAGAGACUCUUUUAGAGCAGUACAAGUACCCAAACAGUUUUAUGAUGCUAUCGAAAAAGCAGAUUUUAGUAAACAUAGUUUACAAAAUAAAUUAGAGCAUUUCCUCGAAAAACUUCAAAAAAACUUUACCAUAUCGGCUGUAUUGAGUGACUCCGAAGAUAUUAUCACAAGUGAAAGAAACUAUGUCUACAAGAUACGAGAGCUAUCAACCUUCUUUUAUGAAGCUUCUUUUUCUUUCCAACAAUUUUCUUCUGAUAUCAAAACUUUUUAUGAAACAUCAAAAAAUGCAAGCUACGCACUUUUGUUUAAACUACGUCAAGUCCCAACAGGUCAACCAACUCUAGUAAAGGUUUUACUCACAAACUAUUUUGCGGAAAUAGAAUUCUUUCAUGUGUUGUUUUCAGAAAUUAUAGAUGAGGCUAUGGAAUAUAGUACUGAAUCCCUAAAACGUAUUCAAGAACUAUUUUUUUAUUAUGCUGAUACUCAAAAUAAUAUUCUAGAAAAUUGGAAAUUGAAAACUAAUUCUGAAUGCUGCAAACUUUAUGUCAACUUUUUGCAGAAUCAGUCCUCUCAGAUUUUUAAAUGCGCUACUUUGGAUAAUCUUAAUAUAAUAUACGAUGUGUAUUCUGUAACGAAGCUUAACAUAAAAUACAUAAUAAGGCAACUUGAGUUUCGCAUACAACGAUUAUUCAAUUGUUUAAUGUAUAACAGCCUUAACCUACAAUGUAAGCUUCUUAAAAGCGCAGAGCAAGAUCUUAAAACCUUAUUUAGAAAUCUCGCAGAGCUGGACAUGUUCAUCGAUAUAAAAACUAAAAAAGGCAGAGCAGCGGCAUUAAGAUUUCGCCGAGGAAAUACAUGGAACAACAAUCAAAUUAAAUUGGAACCGAACCAGAACUACUGUCUUCCAAUUGGCUUUCCAAAUACUCAAAUGUCAACAGAAUUAAAAGAAUGUUUUUACUUUUUAGAUAAUAUAGUGUAACUGCAGUAAAUAUUAAAAUAAAUAAAAUUAUUUAAUGACUGUGCUA